UAGUUCCCUGAAGAGGCUGGAAGAACACUGGACCCUCUCGAAUCUAGCGGGCUAGUCAGAAGCAGCAGCAGGCGGCACAACUUUUACUAGGCUUGUGUUAUUUACUCGAACUGUACAGUGUCCACAGCAAAGUUGAGCAGAAUUCAGCACCGGAGCUGUCCAGUCUCCACGCCUCACAAACAACGCUGUUUGCACGGCUGCGGAAUAUUUGUUUGACGGGGUUCCACACUGUACAGUGACCGGCGCGAUUACACACGCAUAGCCUUCACUGACGAAACGCAAACACCUUGAAAUGACUGCUGGCACCGCGUGAGAGGAGCAGAAGUAAAUCGAGUCCCUAGUACCGGAGCACCAUCCCAUUUCCUUCAGCCAUGGGUGUGCUGAUGUCCAAGAAGCAGCAGGUGGAGAAGGUGCAGAAGUGCAGCGCGGUGGUGUCUGCAUUUAAAGACAGUCUGAAGGACCGGCCGGCUCCAGCGGCUGUGGCUCACACUGAAGAGGUCAUAGCCGAGAACGGAGAUGGAUCUGCUGAUGGAUCCCACCAGACUAACAAAGAGCACACUGAACAGAAAGACGAGGACAGCAAACCAGGGUCAUUACCAAAUCAGCAGCCCUCAGCUCUGCCCAGAGAAGAGCAUAAGGCCAAUCAGGAGGCUUGGGGGCGGCUCCGUGAUGGGAAGGGGGUGGAGCCUGAGGAUCUAAAGAAGGCACAUCAGCUCAUUCCUCCUGCGUUUGUGCGGCCAAAGAGAGAGGCCAACGACGACCAACCGGUAGAUGUGCCACUUGAGCAAAGAGAGCAGCCCAUCAACGAUGAGAUAUGCGAGGUGUGUGAGGUCUGGACGGCAGACGAUCUGUUCCCCUGCCGGACGUGCACGCGGGUCUUCCACGACGGCUGUCUGCGGGAGAUGGGUUACCUGAGCACUGAAGCCCUGCAGGAGAUGAGAGAGACGGCCCACACCACCAGCGGCUGGAGCUGCUAUUACUGCGAUAAUGUGAACCUGCUGCUUACUGAAGAAGAGAUGUACAGCCUCAUGGAAACCUUCAAACAGUGCAAGAUCAUCCCAGAGUCGUGCCUGGUGUCAGAUGAACUCCUGCAGUACAGGCACUUUGUGACCAAGCAGCUCUUUGAACGAGACUUGACCGAUGAGGAGGAAGAGGAGGUUCUGGCACAGUUUGCAGCUCUGGAUCCAGACAAGAAGGGUCAGAUUGAGUGGUCGGACUUCCUCUACCAUGAGUCACUUUCAGUGCUACAGAAAUUCCGGACCGAGAAUUCUCUGGUGAGAAUCCUCACAGCGAAGGAGAGGGAUCGAACACGGGCCGUAUUUCAGAGUAUAGACCAGGACAAAGAUGGGAUCAUUACUGCUGGAGAAGCCAGAAAAGCCCAAACCUCCUGGUUCCACAAGAUUAAUAAAGAAUCGCAGUCCUGCAGUGUCAGACUCAUGGGAUUGUGUUCCCCUUUGUUCAGUAUGGGUAUCAGCCAUGUUGGUCCAAUAUCCGAGAGCAGCCCUGCCAGUUCCAGCAGUGAGAGAAGCAGGGAUAAAGCCAUGGAGAAUGACAACAGACCGGUUACCUGGGACAACUUCCUGAUGGAGAGUGCUAUCUACAUCCUGGCCGCCAGGCCCAACAGCUCAGCCAUGCACAUCCGUUUGCCACUCUAACCAUGGCCACAUGGCCUGAGACUUCCAGAGGGGCUUAACGGGUCCGGGUUUACAAGAGAGUGGUGCUGAGGACUAAACCGAGUCAAACGCAAACGAGUAUGCCACCACACACUAAGACUGUACAAGCCAUCGAUGGAUUCUUCCAAUGGAUUCGACACAAUCUAGUGUCACACUGACAAAUUCAGUGCUACUAAACAAUAGCACAUCUGUCACCACUUCUAGCUUGUAUGAUUUUGAUUCUUGUCACUCUGUUUCGAUUAGAAAACCUGCUGUGAGAAACAGUUACACAAUAGCAAAUUUACAGCACCUCAGUGUUUGCCUAGUGUUUUUUAUGUUAACGUGUUGUAUCAUUGUUGAGUUGCGGCUCUAGCCGGAUGAGAUGAGAUCGAUGGAUCGAUAUGAGAGCAGCGGUUAAAUCAUAUCUGAUCUAAUUUCAUUCACCACAAAAUAUGAAUAUGAUAUAGUGGGCAACAACAGAGCCACACAGAAAUCGAGUGAGAUGCUAUAUAUAUAUAUAUAUAUAUAUAUAAUGUGAAAUAUUGAACGUGUAUUUAUUCCCACAUCUUCAGGGAUGGGUUAUGGCAAGGAGCUUCCAGUCUGCCAGGGGCCUAUAGCUACAAGAUGUGAAAACAAAGGAUUAAUUGUAACUGACAGACAAAUUCUUCCUGUAAUUAAGAUUCUUCUGAAGUAAGAAGAUGGGCAUACAAUUGAAUUUUCAGCCACCUGACGAAUUGCAUUUGCAAGUCAGAAUUAUGAGAAGGUGUAUUCCUUUUUUUUUAUGUUCAUAUUGUAUUUCUGAGUGAAACAUGAUAUGUAAAAAAAAGUAGGGUGGAAUUUAAUUUGAUCUCUGAGGACAUGAUUGGAUUGUGAAAUAGGAUAUUCAAUUCUAAAACCUUGUGAGAUAAGAACUUGGGCAGUAUUUUAUGGCACCAUAGGCAUGUUACCGAAACAAAAUCUGUUCUAAAAUGUACAUGCAGCAUAAAUGAGCAAAUCAACAGUGAACAUUUUAUAAAAAAGAUAAAAUAAAAAAAAUAAAAUAAAAAAAGGAUGAUUUUACCCAAUAUUUGUUAUAUUUAUGUUUAUUUUCGAGUAUUAAUUAACUAGCUGACCAUAAUAAAAAAUUUGCAAAUGCUAUUGAAAUGAAUUGAGUUAGGUCUCAUAAUUAUGAUAUAUUCUAAGAACAUUGUCACUUUUUAAUAGUUAUGAUUCAGAACUAAAAACACAAAAAAAUUAUUAAAAUCCAUUAUUUUACCCCAUUGGUCUCAAACUCAAUUCCUGGAGGGCCACAGCUCUGCACAGUUUUGCUCCAACCCUAAUCAAACACACCUGAUCAGGCUAAUCAAGGUCUUCAGGAUUACUAGAAACUUCCAAGCAGGUGUGAUUUGGAGCUGGUUGAAGCUAAACUCUGCAGAGCUGUGGCCCUCCAGGAAUUGAGUUUGAGACCAGUGUUUUACCCUAAUGCAUUUUUAGCUUAGGAACAUACUAAUUCCAAACAACUGAAAUUAAUUGAGUCAAGUCAUAAUUAAGAUAUUCCACUGACUAUUUUACCAUUAUCAUUGAUUUACAAUACUAAAAUUAAUAAAAAAAAUUAUAUAAUAUCUAAUUAAAAUAAAUUGUUUACUCAAUAUUUUUGUUUUUAAAUCAGUUUUGAGUCAGGUUUCUGCAAGAUACCUCGUUUGAUUUUGAAGUAUGAUUAUUUCAGUGGUGAUAUAAUCUGAAAAAUUAUAAAAGAAUUAUAAUUAGAGAUCUCUGAUCUGUUUUACCCAAAUAUUUAUUAUAUAUUUUUAUACCUGUUAGAGUAUCCUGUUGUUAGCUUAGCAUCCUGCUAAUGCCAGACUCUGUUGAAAUCAACUGUGAGUCAUGUAUAUCCUGUGUGCUUCUUUCAGUAAUCAUAUUAGUUUCUAUGAAAAUCAAUUCAGACUGGUCACUUUUAAGGUUUCACAUCAGGCUUCUGUCUUAAAACAAAGCAAUUCACUAUACUGAUAUUAAGUCUCACUUUUAAAUGGCAAAUGUAAAUGGAAUGGAAUGUAAAACCACAAUUACAAUAUUUAAGAUAACAUUUAUAUAAAUAUUUGAAUCCCUAUGUAUAAGAUAACAAACAGGUUCAGAAUCAUUCCUUGCACACCUGUCAUGACUUGUUUUAUUUUUGAUUUGAUGUUUCUUUUAAAUCGUAUUCUACUGGAUCUGUAAAAAUGUGACACACAUAGAAGUGACAUUACUCAGUGUUUCGCUAAAACAGCUGAUGCAAAUAUGCAAUCUUCCAAAACACUCAUUGAAAUGCUAAUUUAAAGGCAAGAGCCAUCAAAAUGUUGAUAACCAGGUUUAGAACCUACUGCCUAAAAGCAAAACAUCUCACAGAUUUUCCUUCCUUGUUUAUUCAUGUUGAAUUUGUUCUUAGAUCCAGUGCAGAUUAAAACACUUUCUAAUAUAUAAAGCUUUUUUUAUUUGUUGGCGUAAAUGAUGCACACUCCUGUAAAAUGGCAUCGGGUUUUACACUCAUUUAUCAAACUGUAUGAGAGGUAUGAAACAUAUUGUUUAUACGGUCAUAUCCACUGUAUUUGCUAAGGCUAAAGUAAAUUUGUGCUGGAUUGCUCAAAGCAAUUAUUUGAAGGGACUGUGCAAUACUCUGAGUUUUGCUGGUAGUGCUGGAAAUAAAUGCAUGACAUUAACUUCAAAAAUUACA